AUGCCCUUUGGUCUGAAGAAUGCCGGCACUACCUACCAGAGGAUGUUAAUCAGGAUGUUUGAGCCACAGUUAGGGAAAAACAUUGAGAUUUAUAUCGACGAUAUGGUGGUAAAGAGCAAGGCAGAGUCCGAGCAUGUUAAUGGCCUUGUAAAUAUUUUUGAUAUCUUAAGGAGACACAAGCUACGGCUUAAUGCUUCCAAGUGUUCUUUUGGUGUUGGAUCAGGGAAGUUCUUGGGCUACAUGGUCACACACCAUGGAAUUGAAAUCAACCUUGACCAAAUUAAGGCAAUUAACAAUCUGCAACCACCUCAGAAUCCCAAAGAGAAGGUCUACGUUGAUGGUGCAGUAAACCACAGAGGAUUUGGAGUGGGGCUAGUUCUGGUAUCACCAAAAAGGAUUAAUAUUGAAAAAUCCUUAAGAUUAGGCUUCUCGGCCACAAACAAUGAAGUUGAAUAUGAAGCUCUACUGGUAGGGAUGACCAUGGUUCAGAAAUUGGGUGGAAAAACAGUAGAGGUGUUCUCUGAUUCGAGGCUGGUUAUAGGCCAAGUUCAAGGGGAGUUGGGAGCCAGAGAUCCCAGGAUGCAGGAAUACUUGAACCAAGUUAGACAUUUACAGUUUGAGUUCGAGUCUUUUAAUUUGUCACAAGUUCCUAGAAAUAGAAAUACAUAUGCGGACUCUCUUACCACACUAGCAACCUCCUCGGCACAAAAUUUACCUCGAGUAAUCCUCGUGGAGGACUUAUGUAAACCCGCUGAAGUAAGAGCAAAUAUGGCUCAUGUUCAUCAAAUAAGGGUGGGUCCUAGCUGGAUGGACUCUAUUGUACUAUUCCUAAAGGAAGAUGUUUUGCUCGAGAAUAAAUUAAAAGCUAACAAGGUACGAAGAAAGGCUUCUCGGUUCUGGUUGUCCGAGGACCAAAAACUAUAUAAACGCUCCUUUUCUGCAUCGUACCUACUAUGCAUACACCCCGAGGCAACAGAAUUACUCUUUGAGGAGUUACAAGAGGGGAUUUGUGGAAGCCACACUAAGGGCAAAUCGUUGUCGCAUAAAGCCAUCACUCAAGGCCCUUUCCCCAAGGCAACAGGAAAUAAGAGAUACUUGCUGGUCGGCACAGAUUACUUCACAAAAUGGGCUGAAGCUGAGCCCUUGACAAAUAUCAGGGACAUGGAUGCCAAGAAAUUUGUUUGGAAAAACAUUGUCACACGGUUCGGGGUCUCUCGAAAUGGACAAGCUGAGGCUGUUAAUAAGGUCAUAGUGAGUGGACUUAAGAAGAGGUUGGAUAACGCGAAGGAGAAAUGGGUGGAAGAGCUACCACACGUUCUUUGGACUUACUGGACCACACCUCGUAGGUCUAUUGAGGAGACGCCUUUCUCAAUGACUUAUGGGGCCGAGGCUGUCAUUCCUUUGGAAACUAGAUUCCCCACACUAAGAACAAGUUCUUUCACUCCGAGCGACAACGAUGGGCUAUUGGAGAAGAACUUAGACUUAAUUGAAGAACGAAAAGAAAAUGUAAUGGUUCAAUUGGCAUAUUACUAA